CCCACCCUCGCGCGGUACCGCCUCCCCGCGCCGCCCUCGCCCAGAGCCUCGCAGGCAGCCAGCAAGCGCGGGGAGCGCUCUGGGAUGGGACUUGAAGGCGGCGGCUCAGGACACGGCGUUGGCGCGGGUUUCUUCGUCGCGUCCCGGGAGCGGUGCUCCAGGAGCUCCGCGGUCCUCAGCGGGGCGAGGCGGCGAACGACCGAGACAGACCCACGAGGCUGCGCCCCUGCCUCGCUUCCUUGGUGCCGGCGGCAGUGGCUGCAGCCACACCCCUGCUCCUCUUGAAGAUGGAGAAGAUGCUGCUGGGGUGCUUGCUGAUGCUUGGUCAGUUCUUCCUCCUGCCGGCUGGAGCCAGAGAUCGCCCGCAAGCCAGACUUCCCUCCAGAGGCCGCCAUGUCCGAACACAUCCCCAGACGGCACUGCUGGAGAGCUCCUGUGAGAAUAAGCGGGCGGAUCUGGUGUUCAUCAUUGACAGCUCCCGAAGCGUCAAUGCCCACGACUACUCAAAGGUCAAGGAGUUCAUUCUGGAUAUCCUCCAGUUCCUGGAUAUCGGUCCUGAUGUCACCCGAGUAGGCCUGCUCCAGUACGGCAGCACAGUCAAGAACGAGUUCUCCCUGAAGACCUUCAAGAGGAAGUCUGAGGUGGAGCGAGCUGUCAGGAGGAUGAGGCAUCUGUCCACAGGCACCAUGACGGGACUGGCCAUCCAGUAUGCCCUCAACAUUGCCUUCUCAGAAGCAGAGGGGGCCCGGCCCUUGCGGGAGAAUGUGCCCCGGGUCAUGAUGAUUGUGACUGACGGGAGGCCUCAGGACUCGGUGGCUGAGGUGGCUGCAAAGGCCCGGGACACAGGCAUCCUGAUCUUUGCCAUUGGCGUGGGUCAGGUGGAUCUGAACACACUGAAGGCCAUUGGGAGUGAGCCCCACAAGGACCAUGUCUUCUUGGUGGCCAAUUUCAGCCAGAUCGAAUCUUUGACCUCUGUGUUCCAGAACAAGUUGUGCACGGUCCACAUGUGCAGUGUUUUGGAACACAACUGUGCCCACUUCUGCAUCAACACACCCGGCUCGUACACCUGCAGGUGCAAGCAAGGGUACAUUCUCAACGCGGACCAGAAGACUUGCAGAAUCCAGGAUCUGUGUGCCUCAGAGGACCACGGCUGUGAGCAGCUAUGCGUGAAUCUGCCGGGUUCCUUCGUCUGCCAGUGCUACAGUGGCUACACCCUGGCUGAGGAUGGGAAGCGAUGCACAGCUGUGGACUACUGCGCCUCAGGAAAUCAUGGGUGUGAACAUGAGUGUGUAAAUGCUGAAGGUUCCUACCUGUGCCAGUGCCAUGAGGGAUUUGCUCUCAACCCAGAUAAGAAAACAUGCACAAAGAUAGACUACUGUGCCUCGUCUAACCACGGAUGUCAGCACGAGUGUGUUAAUGCCCAGAAGUCUGCUUUCUGCCGCUGCCUGAAGGGCUUCAUGCUGAAUCCAGACGGGAAAACCUGCCGAAGGAUCAACUACUGUGCACUAAACAAGCCGGGCUGUGAACACGAGUGUGUCAACACAGAGGAAGGCCACUACUGCCGCUGUCGUCGGGGCUAUACCCUGGACUCCAAUGGCAAGACCUGCAGCCGGGUGGACCACUGUGCACAGCAAGACCACGGCUGUGAGCAACUAUGUCUGAACACGGAGGAAUCCUUUGUCUGCCAGUGCUCUGAAGGCUUCCUCAUCAAUGAUGACCUCAAGACCUGCUCCAGGGCGGAUUACUGCUUGCUGAGUGACCACGGUUGCGAAUACUCCUGCGUCAACACAGACAGGUCCUUUGCCUGUCAAUGUCCUGAGGGUCACGUGCUCCGCAGCGACGGGAAGACCUGUGCAAAACUGGACUCAUGUGCUUUGGGGAACCACGGCUGUGAACAUUCAUGUGUAAGCAGUGAAGACUCAUUCACGUGUCAGUGUUUUGAGGGAUACACCCUCCGUGACGAUGGGAAAACUUGUAGAAGGAAAGACGUCUGCCAGGCUGUAGACCACGGCUGUGAGCACCUUUGUGUAAGCAGCGGCGAGUCGUACGUCUGCAAGUGUCUGGAAGGGUUCAGGCUGGCUCAGGAUGGGAAGCACUGUAGAAGAAAGGAUGUCUGCAAGUCGACCCACCACGGCUGUGAGCACAUAUGUGUGAACAACGGAGAUUUCUAUACGUGCCGGUGCUCAGAGGGCUUUGUCCUGGCUGAGGAUGGGAAGCGCUGUAAGAGAUGCACUGAAGGCCCAAUUGACCUAGUCUUUGUGAUUGAUGGGUCCAAGAGUCUUGGAGAAGACAAUUUUGAGAUCGUGAAGCAUUUUGUCACUGGGAUUAUAGAUUCCCUGGCAGUUUCCCCCAAAGCGGCUCGGGUGGGGCUGCUGCAGUAUUCCACACAGGUCCGCACGGAGUUUACCCUGAGGGACUUCAGCUCAGCCAAGGACAUGAAGAAAGCUGUGGUCCACAUGAAAUACAUGGGCAAAGGCUCUAUGACUGGACUGGCCCUGAAACACAUGUUUGAGAGAAGUUUUACCCAAGUAGAAGGGGCCAGGCCCCUCUCUACCCGGGUGCCCAGAGUAGCCAUUGUGUUCACCGAUGGACGGGCUCAGGACGACGUCUCCGAGUGGGCCAGCAAAGCCAAGGCCAAUGGUAUCACUGUGUAUGCUGUUGGGGUAGGAAAAGCCAUUGAGGAAGAACUACAGGAGAUUGCCUCUGAACCCACAGACAAGCAUCUCUUCUACGCAGAGGACUUCAGCACAAUGGGCGAGAUCAGUGAAAAGCUGAAGCAAGGCAUCUGUGAAGCUCUAGAAGACUCUGAUGGAAGACAGGACUCCCCAGCAGGGGAACCACCAAAGCAGGUCCACCAGCCAACAGAAUCUGAGCCAAUCACCAUAAAUAUCCGAGACCUACUCUCCUGUUCUAAUUUUGCAGUGCAGCAUAGAUAUCUGUUUGAAGAAGACAAUCUUUCACGAUCUACACAAAAGCUUUCCCACUCAACAAAGUCUUCAGGAAGUCCUUUGGAAGAAAGCCAAGACCAAUGCAAAUGUGAAAACCUUAUAAUGUUCCAGAACCUUGCAAAUGAAGAAGUAAGAAAACUAACCCAGCGCUUAGAAGAAAUGACUCAGAGAAUGGAAGCCUUGGAAAACCGCCUACGAUACAGAUGAAGACUAGAAAUGCUCUCCGGUCGCCGGGCGGUGGUGGCGCACGCCUUUAAUCCCAGUCCUCGGGAGGCAGAGGCAGGCAGAUCUCUGUGAGUUCGAGGCCAGCCUAGUCUACAUGAGCUAGUUCCAGGACAGGAACCAAAAGCUACGGAGAAACCCUGUCUCGAAAAUUAAAAAAAAAAAAAAAAAAAAAAAAAAUGCUCUCCUGUGUUUAUACAUCACAAAAAGAUUUCAAAAAAAAAACGUGGUGGAGCCUCAAAGCUCAACCAGAGUCAAAUCUCUAAGCUGUAAAGCAAAUCACAACCAGUACAGAGGACACUGGACUGCUGUACAAAGAGAAAAUGGAGACACUAAGGGGGAGGGGUCCCUCUGAAGUCUAAAGAGUUUACCCUGAAAAUAAGUGAGCUGUCUCGUGUUAUGUGACCUGCUGUGGGUACAAUUUGCUUCUGCCUUCCUGCCUUAGCACUGAAAUCUCAUUUGACAAUUCUGCAGAAAACUGACCCCACAAAUUGCUAAUGUUUUUGUACUAGAAUUUACCUUGAUGUAUAUGGACGUAUGGAUAAAGUCAUGGGACCUAUGUUCUGCAAUAAGUCUUACACAUUAAAAUUCACCACUCCAGAAAAUGAUGUUGAGUAAAAUUCCUAGUUUAAAUAUGAGAUGGGGUCUCAAAUUUGCUGAGGUUGUAACUCAGGCUGCCUAUAACUCUCAAUUCUCCUGCUUCAUUGCACUGGCAGGUAAUACAGGCAUGUGGCACCAAGCCCUGUCUCACUGUAACUUUAAAUAUAAAAUAUACAUACAUGACAAAAAAAA